GGUAAGUCUAUGCCUCAUCUUACAUAUCUGCAUACUUCUGUGCUCGAUGGAAGAAGCGGAACUUUCAAGGAACUGAGCUUUAGCUCUGAAUAAUCUGACUCAGAGUCUGGGAUUGUCGUGCUACAACGAAGGGCCGUUGAAAAGAGUGACGUGUUUGAUUUGUUUGCUCAGAAUUUGCUCAGAACGACAUUUGUGAUAAAGCUUCGGGUUUGAUCACAUACCCAAUUGUGGACAAACUGCCGCGUGUCUUUGAAUCCCAAAUUGUUUGCGCACGCUAAUUAGGGACGCGACGUCGGGAACGACAGAAUCUGUCAAGACGCAUCAAGAACAAUCUGGGUUUCUCGGGAUCGCCCACAAUGAGUACACCAGCGUUGUCACUCCCCACGGAAACGCUGUUCACGAUCUUCAACGACGUUUAUUGUUGGCAAAAGGAUGAUGAGCGGGAUUGGAUGGAGAGGGAAAAUGGUAAUCUACCAAAGACCGAUCCAACCAUCUUUCCCUUUGCAUGCGCCAUGGUCUGUCGUCAAUGGCACGCCGUGUUGUGCCUUCAAGCCCACUACUGGACUCCGAGCAUCACUAUCCCGCUGGACUCUGCACAAGUUUCGCAUGAGGUCAUCCGCGACUGGAUAACCGCUGCCCAAGCAAAGGAUCUGCCGGUAUUCACCCUUAAUAUCGUUUACCAACGCAAAGUAAUCAUGGACCACCGUGUCGAGCAGAAUCGCGUUUCAGAGGUGAUGGAAGCUAUCUGCCCUCUACCCACGAGCAUCAAACAUCUUACGCUCCAUACCGUCUAUCGCUCCUCCGUCCUCCGUCGUAAUUGCCAGCCGAUGUCUAAACCGGUCCUUCACCAGCCAACGUCGCGAUCAGCCCGUAUCUACGAAGCUCGACUCAGCGGAGCUACUCCCGCUCAUCUCGGACACCUCCGACUAUGCUGAACUGGACCAGGUACUGUCGGGGCUCAGAUACCUAAAGCUCGAUGCCAGGAGCGUCAUCGACUUGGGCUUCACAGUGAAAAACGCAUCUCCGUACGCGUGGGUUCGUUCACCUGAAUCAACAUUGUCAGCAAGAGGAUACUGUCCAUCUUUGGUCCCAUCUUCGGUCUCGCCAGCUGCAUUCACGGAAGCUCUCCAAUAUCUGUACAAGUCGAGCUUCAGAAACCUCUUCAUUGUGAAAGUCGAGUUUGAUGAAGAGGAUACCGAGAAGUCACCUUUGCCUCCCUCUCAGCCCAAUCCGUUGGACUUGGAGGACCAUCUUAUCAAUGGCAUUCGCUUUGAGGGCAUUAGAGGCUCGUACAUCUCUGACCACAUCGCGCAAUUCGACACAUCCACCAGAACCUGGCUCGGACUCGAUCAUUGCUCCCUAUCUGCUCCGCUUCCGCCCGUGUCUUCCUGGAAUUUGCGCUUGGAGGGUAUUACUGAUCCCUCCGACAUUCACAGGGCCUGCAAUCAAUGGAGCGGGGAGCUCCUGGACAUUGCGGACUGUCCGGCAUUCAACGAUGAAUUCAUCAACAGCUCUUUCAAGAUCGUCAACAUCGAAGGGGCACGCAGCCUUUUGUGCCCAGCAGUGACGAGAUGCACGUAAAAAACCCUGCGUGCUCGGUCAAAGUGCUACGACUUCUGGUGGAGUCUAGAUCUGAGCACCCGGAUGCACGAAUCGCGGAGCUUGUAGUGUACGGGGGACCUCCAUUGUCUCCUGGCGACCGCGACUGGUUUGAAGGGAGUGUUCAAUUCGAAUUUGAGUGGGAGGAAUCGCUACCAGCUUGAUGCCAAGGGCGCAGGGUUUCAUGUAUUGGUCCUACAUCGCUUCGUUCUUACGAGCUAUUUCCGAGGCAAUGUUGAAGUUUGGACGUUUCGGAUCUUCUGUAGAGAUUCUAACCACUUCUGCUUCCUUGUGCGAGUACUACUUUACUAUCCAAGUCUCCAUGGGACCGAUGACCUAUAAUCAUUAUCAUACUUCCCUUAUGAUAUCAGGUAGUGCAG